UUGUUGAGCAAUGGCGUUGAUAUACUUCAGAAGCCCAUCUUUGAUGCUUUUAUGAGCAGAGGAAAUGAAAUGGAAGCUGAAAAUGUCAUGCCUGAGCGUGGGAGCCACUGCCCGUUCAGAAAUAGGGGCAUCAGCAGCGGCAGCUCUCAUCUGUGGGCGACGAUGUCUAUCCUCUGAUUUCGACUGCAUCACAGUGGUCGCACCCAUUGAAUCUGAUUCCACGUUUUUGACUCCCAUGUUGAGAUUGCGCGUACUGUGCGGCUUCCACUUUCCUCUACCACCUUGUCUAAAGACUUAAAGCUCAUCACUAACUCUAAAUUAGUAAACUCCAGUCCACUACUGAAAUUUUUGAGGGCGAAAGAAUGGCAAUGCAUGCGACGAGCCAGCUUGAGCCAUGGAGCCACUUAGGGGACAAGGUUGUGAUGGUCACCGGCGCCUCUUCCGGUAUCGGCUGGGAGUUCUGUCUCGACCUCGCCAGAGCCGGCUGUCGGAUCGUCGCCGCUGCUCGGCGAACCGAUCGCCUUGAGAAUCUCUGCUGCGAAAUUAACCGAAUUGGCGAUUCAAGUCAGGGUGCGCGAGCUGUGGCGGUGGCGCUUGACGUCAGUGCCGACGGGAACACCAUCGAGGUGGCCGUGCAGAGGGCUUGGGAAGCCUUUGGAACCAUUGAUGCUCUCAUCAACAAUGCUGGCGUUAGAGGUACUAUCAAAUCUUCAUUGGAUUUGUCAGAGGAGGAAUGGAAUAAUACUAUUAAAACAAACUUAACAGGAUCAUGGUUGGUGUCAAAGCAUGCUUGCUUGCUCAUGCGUGCCGCUAAUAAGGGAGGGUCUGUUAUCAAUAUUUCCUCUAUUGCUGGUCUGAACCGUGGACUAACAUCUAGAUGUGUUGCAUAUGCUGCUUCAAAGGUGGCCAUAAACACAAUGACAAAGUUAAUGGCCGUAGAAGUUGGGGCAUACAACAUCAGAGUCAACUCAAUUUCGCCAGGGAUCUUUAAAUCUGAGAUCACUGAGGGUCUCGUUCAAAAAGAUUGGUUUAACAAUGUGGCUUUGAGAACUCACCCUCUCAGAGCGCAUUGCACGAUAGACCCUGCCUUGACGUCGCUGGUACGAUACCUGAUCCAUGACUCUUCCAAGUAUGUAUCAGGCAACAUUUUUAUUGUUGAUGCAGGUGCUACAUUACCUGGUGUCCCAAUUUUCUCUUCCCUCUGAACAGGUCACUGGGGCUAUUGGGUUCGGUAUUGACUUGGGGAUGUUUGUUAGUAUGCAUAUGCAUGGUCUUGGUAUAUGACCAUAUUGUAUAUAUGAGGGAGAAUGUUUAAGCAGUGUCGUGAAGGACAUGUCUCCUCCUACUCUGACAUUGUUAUUGUUGGGUCAAACAGCAUAUGUUUGGUUUUGUUAUUACUACCAUAUUGUAUAUAAGGGAGUAUGUACGAGGAAGGGGUAGGACACGUUUCAUCCUACCCGACCCGUUGUUAUUAUGGUGAUUAUAUAUAUUUUGCAAGCCCAUAAAAAUGUGUGGGCUCGUUUUUGGGGAAGUUUAAUUCAGUGACCUGGAAAGUUAUAUAGUUUGAACCCAA